CCUCGUUUUUAUCAGUUGAAUUUUACGUUUUUACAAAUUUGCGUGUUUUUUCGUCGAAUUUUGUCAUUUUUUGCAUCAUGAUGGCCGAAUUUAUCCAAGAAAUCUUCGAUUUGGAGUCGGAAAUCGCCGAUGAGCUCUUUAGAAAGUUGGAAAUUUUGUGUGAAAGUCCGCUUGAUGAAACAUCCGAAAUAAAUAUUGAAAACUCCUUUAACGAAGCGGAAGAAAAAUUCAUCAAAAAAUACAAAUUUCAGGCGAAUAUCGAAUGUAAUGAUUCUGUAAUCGACUUGACAGAAUCCGACUCAGAUUCUGAUCGCACCCUUUGCUCAAGUCCGGAUAUAAGCGGCGAGUUAAGUGAUGUAGCAACGCCAUUAGUUGAACGAGGAAGAGGUUUCAUGGAGCGUUCGUUCAGUUUUCAACAUCCUUUGGGAAAUUCCACGCAAAUUCGGGUUUUGUCGAAGCAGAUUUCGAUGCAAGAAAGUGUUUAUCACGGAGAUUUGGAUUCUCCUCCGCCAAUCAUUUCACGAAGCAGAAGCGCUUUGUUAAAGGUGUCAAAAAGGGAUUACAGUCGAAAAUCGGUCCUUUUUGCGUUUCCUCAAGCAGAAAAACAGGGAAAUACUAAAUUUUUCAAUACGCCGCCGAUGUCUAAGAAGCAAAGAAAUGAAAAAUUUAAUUGGAGCGAGUCUCCAGCUUAUUAGUUGCUCAUGUCUAUCUUUAAAAUUUUGCGUCAUUUUAUUCAUUAAUCAUUUUUAAUUAGUUCUUUUUAUCAUUAAACGACUCUUGUGAGUUAUUGCAUGUACAAAUAAAUUUGUUCCGAUAAU